AGAUCGCUACCCAACGGGUAAUUUUGGUGAAAAUCGGACGUCCUAUUCACUCGACGACCCCAAGAACGGAAGGAACAUCUUUAAAGCCUCUCGGUGCUCUCCACGCGCAUCCUCGUGGUCGUCACUUGCAGGUCCACCAGCGACAAAUAAACAGGUAGCAGCACGCAGACAUCUCCAGCAGCAGCAGCGAUGGCGGAGUUAUCGUGGCUCACGGCGCUAGGCUUCGCCUUCCUGACCUUCAACUCCGGCAUGGCCAUCUACCGCUCCAAAGGCGACGCGGGCUCCAUCCUCUUCGUCGCCGUCUCCUACCUCGACCUCCUGGCCCUCUUCGCCUGCCUGCGCCACUACGAGCGCCUCGACCGCCACUCCCCGCGCCGCGAGAAGGUCAAGGCCGCCGUCUGGUCGCUCACCACGCUCCUCACCGUCAUGUUCAGCUACAAGGUCGCCGAGCUCAUGCCCCUCGCCGUCAAGCUCCUCGUCUGGGCCAUGGCCGCCGCCACCACCUGCGGGGGCUUCUACGCCUUCUUCAUCCACGACGACAAGGAGUUCCAGCUGCAGCAGCAGGACGUCGCCGAGCGCGGCCAGGGCGCCGCCGACUACUAGUAGCUAGCCGGCGGCUCGGCGCUUGCCGCCGCGAGGUACGUGCUCCAGCGCUAACAGCGGCGGCGGACGUUAGAUCUAAGCAACCAGGUCGUUACUGUAUCUUGGCUUUUUUCUCUUCCCGGUUUCCUUUGGCUUGCCCGGCGUGGUCAGAUAAUCAGUAGAUCUGGAAUUCGGCAUCUGUAUAAAGGAAAUCCGCCGCUGCGGCCUCUCUGCUCCGGCUACAAUAAUGAGAUCUGCCCAGUUUGAUGUGCUGAAGCGCCCCGUUGACAAGUGAGUUUGCUGAUUUUCAUCCCUGGUUAGACUUUCUGAGCUUCAAAUUGGGCGUGUGCCCGCCACAAGGAGGAAGAAACUACGACCACUUGAGGUAAGGUGAGCUUAAUUUGCGGUUGUGUACGGGUUCAAUUUGCAUCAGGAGGAAAUGAGGGGAAUAGAAAAAUUGGGUAACAGAGAAGCCAGGGGAAGAGGGGCACCUUGGUAAUGGAUAUGACGUGGAAUCUUCAGAUAGUUUGCUUGAAGUUGUGUUUGGAAAAGUGAGCUGUCUCGAAUCAUUCACAGAUUGGGAGAUCCUGUCAUACAAGGAGGGUAAAGAAGGAGAAGACAGAUGCAGGGAAAAUGAAUGAAAUCACCAACGAAGAAGAAAAAAGUCACCCGAGUGAAACCUGGAAGAACCCAGGGGAGGACAACAGAUAAGCGAAACAAACAGAGAUGCAAGUGAAUCUUGCGGAUACAAUAGAUCAUCUGCGCAAUAAGAUGCCAAACAAGAAAUGGUGCUGAUGCUGUACUUGUUAAGUUAUUUAAUCUGAUGCAGCCAUCAGUAGUUUGCUGUAUGCGGACGGGAACAUGUGGCCACUAGAAAUUUGAUCAACAAAUGGCCAGUAUUUCAACUAGAUUUGAGGCAUGGGAUCAAGAGUGAAUCGUCCUCAUCAGCGUGACAGUUGCUUUUGCAGUCUCCUAAAGAUUUCAGCUGGUUUAUCUCCCUACUUGAGAUUCAAGUCACCUCCUGGAUGAAAGAUAUCUUUUCAUGGAUCAUUUGAGAAACUUGGCGAAUUGCAGAGAGUCUUCACGCCUUCGUAUCGUCAACAAGAUAUGCCUAGACAAGAUUGGGUGUACAGAAAGGAGAGCCAGAGGAACAAUAGGGAAAAAAGUUGCCAGGCCAGGGAAGCUGUUUCCCAUUGACUGUUUCAGAUUACCAUCGUACAAAUGAACUGUUCAUAGUGGAAUUAUAACCACAGACUAAGACAAGCAUGUAUUUCAGAUGCAAAAUAGCCAGCCUUUCAUUGAUAACUGUCUAGUGGGAGCUGGGAAAUGGUCAUUGGAAUACGUCGUUAGCAGUUAUGGAAGGCACAUAUGAGGGAAUAAAAGACAAGACAAUUACAAAGCAGCGGAUAAUCUAGUAGAAUCAAAUAUGCUGAUAUUUGCAAUGCCAAAGCCAAUUCCGAUGCUAAUUCUUUUGUCACGUUAGAGGGGGCAAACUGGCAACAAGGUGAGAGCUUCUUAAUUUUUGAAGGAAGAGAAAAGGCCAAGGUAUUUUAACCCCUAGUUCCCCAAUCUAAUUUGCCGUCGCUGUUGCCUGUAGUAUAUGCUGCGCUGUAGCAAGGGCCGAGCCAGCCCUAUUAUAUUUUAAGUUAAAAUAAAUAAAUUCCACUAUCUACGAGCUAUAAUUUGUAACAGUUCUAUAAAUUAUGCUACGUCUUUGUAUGACUAUACCGUGUUGUAUGUCGUUUCAUGUCAGUCCUGCUGCUUCAUUGAGCUCUGACCAGAUCUCGGAGUGUUCUCGAUGCUCAGGUUAAGUAUUGUACAUUGGUACUGUCACCAACUCUACUAUUAUCGUCAUUGUCCUUCUCGUUGGAACAUUGCUGGGUUUAUCAGUUGUUGACAUAUGUAUAACAUUUGUACUUGUAUGUUGUCCUAGUAAUAAUGCUGUGUUCUGUAUUAUCUA